AUGAAAAAUGUACCAGUGAAGAAAGUAUUGAAGACUUUACUUGAUGGCGUAGACGGAAGUGAGAAACCGUUAAAUUAUAAUGCUCGAACGAAAUUGCUUGCAGUUGGAAUCUAUUUAUUGUAUGCCGAAGGACGACAUUUGAAUGAUUUACUUCCAAUUCUUUUGGGAAUUUAUCGAAGUUUGCCGCGAUUAAAGUGGAUUGAUGAUGGUAUCUCGAAUCGACAAGAUAAAGUACCAAUACAGGAGCAGUUCGCAAUGUGUUUCAAUACUGUUCUUAGUGAGCUUGCUUCAAAUUAUCCAGAUGUACGUGAUAUUAUUAUCUCUGCACAAAUAGAAGUUUUUACUGUCACUUCUGAUAUUAUUGUAGAUAUCUGUGAUCAGGUGCAACCACAAUUCCAAACAAAAUGCUACUUGAUGCGGAUUAUUUGCUUUAUGAUUGGAUUACUUCGCUCAUUUGGACGAUAUAGCGGUGAUAAGGAUCACCCAUUGAUUUCGGCUAUUUAUCCUGUUCCAUUCAUAAUCACCAAAAUAGAUGCACAGAGUAAUCAGACAACUGCAUGUAUUGGAGAGGGGACUCUUCGAUUAACAACUGAUUCCGAAAAUUUCCUGUGGAGUGAUGCUGCCAAUACAGAAAAGCAAGAUCAAAAGGAACGUUUGCAGAAAAUGUUCUCCAAACAUGCUAGUAGCUUUGUAUUGCCUACGGUUUUCAACGGCAAUAUUCCAUUCAAAUUCACAAUUGCCGAACUGAAUUCAUUCUCCGAUAUUAUGGAACGGUUGUUGAGAAGACCACUACUGGAUAUCAUGGAUGCUUAUGCUACCGAUAUAUACAUAGCUGGACAGAUCAAACGUUUUCCAUAUAAAACAUUAUCGGAAUGUCUUUCACUGGUUUUCGUUACGGCUUAUAGAGAUGCUUAUGCACCAUAUGAUACGUUGAAGCUGGAAAAAUCACUGGCUCAAAAACUUUCUCGAGAGGUGAAAGCAUUUGCUAUAGAACUGUAUUCGAAGGGCGAAGAUUUUUUGAAUGCGCAGAAAUUAAACGAUGAUGAACGGACAUUACGUUGUCCACUGUUGAUUAAUCGAAUUAAAAUGAGCGUUCUUUGCAGCUCAGUUUGCCUAGAACUCAUGGUUUGGGCUACAUGCGAUGAAAUCGAUGCAGAGUCACUUCAUGCUACAAUAGCUGAUCGACUUUGGCAUGUUCAUGGUCAUCGUCAUGCAUCAGCUAAAAUAUCUCUAACAAUGAUGGCUUUGGAAGCACUUGGCUCACUUGCUGUUAAAUUUCCAACAAUUGCUGCAACACUGACAGUUAAUAGUGUUAGUCAGUUCUUGGUUGAACCUUCGCCUGUUUUCUCAAAAUUGGCUGUAGAUCUCGGUGUUAUGGAAAAGCGUGUUUUCAGUGAGGGAGAUCGAAAAGAUGGUGAAAUGGUGAAAAAGAAGCUAACUUUUGAAAAUUUAAGGAAAGUUGCAAUAAACUCUCUUUGCAGAGCACUAAGAUCGGCUAUGAUAGUCGACAAUUCAUCUGUACAAGCCUGUCUAACAAAUAUCUCCUCCAAACUAUUCCUGAUUGCGAACAAAGACUCAAAUUAUGGUUCUGCUCUCGCUUUGGAAAAUGCAAUGCACAUUGUUGGUGGUAUUGGUGCCGCGCUGGUUGAUGUGGAAAAUAUCCCGCAACUUGCUUUCAGUGUUUUUCAACAGGCUUUUACUGAAACAUCCACGAAUCAUGAUGUUAUUAUAGCGGAAUUGGCUAACAUGUGGAUAGCUGGCGCGCGUGAUAUACAUGAUCUGAUUUGGUUGCUAUUCACAAAAAUAACGAUUGAGUCGAGUAGUCGUGCUUAUGAUGCUGAUACUGCUGAUGGUGUGGAACAUCGUUAUGCAUAUCUGUCCUUGGCAGUUGACAAUGCAAUGGCUAAGAUGGCAGAGAGUGUGAAUAACGAUGAAGACAAAAUGACACUAUUGUAUCGCCUUUUGGAACUUUUUGUUCAACUGGGACAUGAAGGAAGAAAGGCUGGUGAAAAAUUGGCGAGGGUCAUGAAGCUUUCAACUGGUGCUGGAAACUUAGGUGUUUUAAUUCCGAAGAUUGCUUCGUUGUUGCGCAGAUCUGUGACAAUAAAGAACCCAUCAGUUCGGCUGCGGAAUUUGUUUCGCGACUUUUGGUUUUGCUGUACAGUGCUCGGAUUUAAUGUCGCCCGGAUAGGUCUUUGGCCAGAAGAGUGGUUUGAAGCUGCUUGCGAGAUUGCUUGUAAAUCGCCCAUACUCACACCUCAAGAGAGUUUGCGUGCUGAGCUCGUUGCAAAUGCUACGAUCAAAAGCGGCAAUGUGUUAUCAGCAGAACUGCAGGAAAUCAGAGUAACUAUUUUGUCUGAAAUUUCUCCUUCUCCCGAGGUAACAGCAGUUGUUAAUAAAUUGGAAUUUACCCACUGUAUUUAUCUUUUAUCAGUAUUCCGCAUGGAACUCAUGCGUGCUUUGCAUUCUGUUGAACCGGGAGCAGUCCAUUCAAUAUUUCAAUAUCUCGAAGACAAAUCUAUAAGAAAAGACAAGGAUGGGAUCUGGACAUGCCUUCUUGCAGCAGCGAGAACCAUCUUCAGUAAAUAUUUGAAAGUGAGGAAAUGUGCAGAUACUUGCCUUACCAAUUUGAUCGGAAGCUUUCCGCAUUUGCUUUGGAAUGGCAACGUUAUUAAUGUUGCACUGCAAAUACUGGAAGCACUUUCAAAUAAUCUUGAAAAUGACACCGAUUGCAAAAUAAUGACUUUAUCUUUUCCGUCUCUGCAGCGGACUAUACAACUUCAGGAUACCUUGGAUCGAAGGAAAUUAGUGGUGCAAGAUUUCGCUUUGCGUUGUGAACAAAUUCUUCAGGAAGCAAUCAAAUGGGCACCAGGCAGCACUCGAAGCUGCUUCGUUAAAUAUAUUGCAAGCAUUAAUGUUGGUUGUUCCGGCAGUUUUCGUUUGACGGUGGAAGCUAUACUGAAAAGUUUAAACGACGCGUCUGGCUGUACAAAUGAUACCAGUCCAUCGCUUUAUCUUUCUGCUCUACAUUUAAGGUCUUUGUAUUUUGGCAAGGUGAAAGGCAUGAUAGAAGCAUCUAAAAGUGAAGAAGAGACCAAACCACAUGAACGACUUGCUGAUUUAUUUGAGCAACAACUAGAAAGAGCUUGUGCAGAUGGAGCAGAUGGAUGUGAUGAAGAUAUAUCCGAAGGCAUAUUGAGAUUAGCAGCUCUUUUCAUUUUAACGAAAGAAGUUUCUAAUCAAAAACUGGAUAGCCGUCUAUUACAUACUCUUGUUUUUGCACCACUCAAAAAUUUUACUGCUUCAACAAUGCGUCUUUGUGUAAUCGUAUGGAACUGGAUUCUUGUUGCCCGAGAAGAUAUCCAGCUUCAAUUUCUUCGAGAAAUGGCAGCAUGCUGGACAAUUACAGCACAAGAUCAUCUAGGUAUCUUCCAGCGUGACCCAGAAGUUGUUUCUCCUUUGAGUCUGCAAUAUUGCUCACCUCCAAAACGACCUCAUGUUCUUCCACACAGUAUAUGGAUUUAUUUUUUGGUGGAAAGAGUGGAUAUUGCCAAAUAUUCAAGCAGAGAACAACUGGACAUUCUGGAAUUGAUGUUUGUUCAAACACUUCCAUUGAAUGUGGGUCGCCUAAGAAUAGAUGUUAAUUCACCGUUAUACAUUUCUUCUGAUUCAAGUCUUUGCAAAGUCGAUUUAACGCAUGUUACAAUGACAAGAAAUGUUGAGACGAUUGGGUUACGAUGUCAUUUUCUUAACUGCGUACUUUCUAUGAUACAGCGUGACUCGAUGUCAUUCCAUAUUUCCAAAAAUAUCUUACGACAACGUGUAUAUUGUGCUAUGUUGGAUUACUUUUCUGUUGCUGCUCAAACCCCAACACAGAACUCAGCACAAUUGAAGAAUGAUAUACGCUUGCUGAUUACAUUUUGGAACACGCUUUUCUCUGAUGUGAAAUAUAUCAAGAAAGAAAUAUUUGCCAGUAUUGACACCGAAUGCAACUUGGAGUCUCUUCAGCAAAUUUUAAACGAUAACUAUAAGUCUGACUCGGAAUACAAUCGCGCUGAUAUGCAAACUCGUCAUGCAAUGACAACCAGUGGUUGCAAUUGGGUAACACUUGUAGCUGCACAAGGUAGAGCUAGUUCAUUGCAGAAGAAUACGCAACUCACUGUUGAUCCUAGUCGAUCCAAUCCAAAUAAACAUGCAGAACAGCAGAUGAAACUGUACAAUCGCUAUCGGAAUUUGAUUUUGAUAUUUGUUGCGAAUGAAAUCGAACGCUUAAGCGCAUGGUUAAAUCCGCUAGGUGAAGCUCUUGGUUUGGAAGAUGCAAGUAUUGAACAAUGGCGAAAAUCAACAUUCCCUGAUGCGAGAACAGAGGCUAAACUUCUCCGGGAAAACGCCAGAAUUGCUUGGCAGAUUUGCCCCGAUUUGGCUGUAUAUAUGCCAUCAAGAUUUCGUUCGUGCUCUGCUUGCCAGAUGGCCGUACAAGAGUUGCUCGUAAACUCUCCGGAAUUGGUGACGGAUUUACCGGAAGCUCUUUCUUUAAUGCUGGGAGAAGGAAGGAUUCUUGAAGAAAAAGUGGAGGAUUUGAAAACCUUAAGUCACAUUUUAACAUGGGCGAUCUGUGAUCCAGUGAUGGCUUUAUCGUUGCUCGGUCCACGCCAGUACCCAACACAUCCCAUUACAGUGCAAUAUGCUGUACGUGUGCUGAGAUCGUAUCCACCAGAUGUGCUUCUGCUCUAUAUUCCACAGCUUGUGCAAGCUUUACGACAUGAUACUAUGGGUUAUGUUGCUGAGCUAAUUAUGUGGUUGGCUGGUCAUUCGCAACUUUUGGCUCAUCAAUUACUAUGGAAUAUGAAGGCAAAUAUGUACAGGGACGAAGAUUCAAGAGAAAAGGAUCCAGAUUUGCAUGGACCUUUAAGCGAAUUGAUCAACAAAAUAAUAUCAAAUAUGGAAGGUCCUGCACGAAAAUUUUACGAUAGCGAAUUCGAUUUAUUCAAACGCAUCACUGAUAUAUCAGGAAAAAUAAGGCUGUUUCCAAAAGGCGAAGCUAGAAAAAAAGCUUGCUUAACUGCCCUCGCUGAGAUACAUCUAAAAACCGUGGCUUAUCUGCCAUCCAAUCCAGAAGCCAUAAUUCUUGAUAUAGACUAUAAAAGUGGGACUCCGAUGCAAAGUGCUGCUAAGGCGCCAUUUCUCGCUCGAUUCAAGGUUCUUCGUUGUGGUAUUCAAAAAUUAGAACAAUUAGGAAUCGCCGCACAUCAGCGGAAACACAUUCCUGAAGCAGAUAUUCGAUUUCUUUCAAGAUCGGAAGAUAGUCUUGUUUGUUGGCAAGCAGCUAUCUUUAAAGUUGGUGACGAUGUACGUCAAGAUAUGUUGGCGCUACAACUGAUGAACCUGAUGCGUAACAUUUUCAAUUCUGUGAAUUUGGACAUUUGCUUAUUUCCAUACAGAGUGGUAGCUACUGGGCCUGGCUGUGGAGUAAUUGAGUGUGUUCCAAAUUCGAAAUCAAGAGAUCAGUUAGGACGACAGACUGAUUUUGGAUUGUAUGAAUACUUUCUGACGACAUAUGGUGAUGAAAAUACUGAAACAUUGCAACGUGCAAGGCGGAAUUUCAUUCGAAGCAUGGCAGCAUAUAGUGUAUUUAGUUUCUUGCUGCAGAUUAAAGAUCGACAUAAUGGAAAUAUUAUGAUUGAUACCGAUGGUCAUAUAGUUCAUAUUGAUUUCGGUUUUAUGUUUGAGAGCAGUCCUGGAGGAAAUCUUGGAUUUGAACCAGACUUUAAACUUUCGCAAGAAAUGGUAGCAAUUAUGGGUGGCAAAAUGGAAGCACCAAGCUUUCGACUAUUUGCUUCACUUUGUGUCCAGGCAUAUCUGGCUGUUCGACCGUAUUAUAAAGCUUUUAUUGCUUUAGUGUCACUGAUGUUGGACACACAUCUUCCCUGUUUCCGUGGUAAAACAAUACAGCAGUUUCGAGAUCGUUUUGCGCCACAACUAUCCGAUCGUGAUGCAGCGAAGUAUAUGAUGAGUAUAAUACGCAACUGUUUCCUGAACGUAAGAAGCAAAAUGUAUGAUCAAUUGCAAUACAUACAGAAUGAGAUACCGUAUUAA